CAAGGGAGAGGGCGCCGCUUGUCGGCCGCGGCCGACAACGCGCGGGAUGCCGCCGUUCCCCGGGAUCUGCGGACUCCCGUGGGUUACCCCUUCGGCAGUUCAUAGCCCCGGGUUCCCUGGUUAUUGACAUCGAGAGGUCAGUCAGACUAGCUUCGGGAAACUGGGGCACUCUCGAAGCUCUUUGGCAUUGGAGGUACCACAUGACUACGCAGAGGCACCAGCCCGAUACAGAGCGAUCCCACAGGACACAUUAAUAUCCGACGCGGGGACGGCCGGAACAGCAAAAGAUCCUCUAGCUGUGCGCUGCAUCCCCUCGCUAAGUAUAUUCCCAGUCUCCAGUUCCACGGCCACUGCGCCUUCUCUUUCCCUGCUCUAUGACCUGGGGAGGGUGACACUGGAUCACUGUUUGUGUACAACUGAUACACACCGCGGCGCUGGGCACAGGUGGCCGCGGUUCCUGUAAAGCAGCCGAGGAGUGGCUCCUCUCGCCGUCCCGCCCUCUACUCGCCGUGUGCUGCAGGCGGCACCCAAUGGGGCGGCGGGCGCAAUGUUUCCAAACACGGCACUCCCUGCACGCUCCCCGCCUCCAGCUCCCCGCGGCAGCGCGAAGGCCGCUCCCCCCGCAAGACACGGGAGCCGCCAGAGCUGCCAGGAGCGGGGCGAAGGACAGCGGACCCGCUUCCUGCAGCCCUCUCCGGCCAGCCCUGCAAGAAGCAGGCGUAGCUCCAGGCCCGGGCCGGGCCGGGCGGCCCCGGGACGGGAUCUGGAUCGGGAGCGGAGGGGCGGAGCCACACCGAGACCCCGCCCUCGACCGCGCCGCAAAUCGCGGCGCCGCUGCCACCGCCGCUGGGGGGCGCGCGGCGCGGCCCGUGCGCCACUCCCGUGAGGCUCCGCGGCGGCGGCGGCAUUUAAACCCGCGGCGGCCGUUGGGGGGGCGCGUCACUGGUUCCGCGUUCCCGGGCGCUGGCGGGCCUGGAUCGCGGCGGCGCCGGGAUGAGGCCCCAGCGGGACGGGUCGGUGCUGGGCAGCCCCGCGGUGGCCGUGGCGUUCCCGGGAGCUGUGUGCCGGGGCAGCGGCUACCGCUUCGCCUGCGAGCUCCUGAAGCACGUCCUGCACCAGCGGAACCAGCUCCCGCUGCCCUACGAGCAGCUCGCCUACUUCUGCCGGCGGGCGGCCCAGGAUGGUGAUGGAACUGAGAAGCCACUUUCCCUGGGUCUGCCAAGCAGGAAGUGCCAGCAGCUGCUGAUGGAGCUGGAGGGAUUGUUCCAGCACCUGGAAGUCAUGUUUAGUCUGACGCUGGUUCCUCGGGUUCUUUUCCUGCUUGGAGGCAACGUCAUGAACCCCAAGGAGCUCUAUGAGCUGAACUUGGAAGGGUUCUGUGAGGGCACUGCUGAGGAGAGCCUCCAGACUGCGCCCUGUGUUCGCCAGCUCUUUCACCGCCUGUUUGUUGCUGAUGUCUUCAGCGAACUUAAGGCUCUCCCUGUCACAGCCACUCUUGUCCUGGUGCAGGGACACCGUGACUGUGGUGUUGAGUGGUUCCGGCCCAAGCUCGACUACCGAGUGCCGACCCGAGGGAGGAAGCUGACUGUGAAGUUGUCCUGUGAUGGACACCUCCACGUCAGUGCCUCAUCCCCACAGCACACAGCACCUACUUGGGAGGACUAUAUCUGGUUCCAAGCACCAGUGACCCUCAAAGGCUUUAGUGAAUGAAUGGUUUCCGCAGAAGUUUACUUGGAAUAUUGAUUAUUUUUUUUUCUUUAAGUAUUAAUUUUAACAAAUGUAACCAUGUAUUUUUGAACCAUGUCUGAUUUAUUUUUUUUUUUCUUCAUGGUCUCUACUACCUUCCUGUUGCUUGCUGUGCCCAUCUAUUGUCCUUAUUUCCUGAGUUGUUGAAGGCAAAUCUGCUUUAUAGCACAGUUGUACACAGGUCCAGUCAUUCUGUGAUCUGUCACACGGGAUGAACUAAUGUGUUGGGAGUAAAAUUCUCCUGCUGUGUGCUUGCUAAACUGCUGCAUACCAUUUCCUCCUGAGUUUUAAUAUGACCAUUUUGUGACCCUGCCUUUGCCAUGUUACCCAUAGACUCAGAUGAAGUUAAUUCCUGCAAAAUGCCUCUCUGGGAGGAAAAGCUUCUGCAGUCCUCAAAAGGCUCCCCAUAGCAAGAAAACAGAGGGCAAAACUGGAGCAGGACGUAGAGGUAAUAUUGUUGCGGAGGAGGGAUUUAUUUCCAGCUAGUAAAGAAUGGGGCAGGAUGAAGGCAGUUCCUCUGCAAAGGGCUGGAGCUGCCAGGGCUGCCGUGGAGAUGGGUGGAGCUGCUUCCAGGGGCCCCUUGGCAACCCUGCAAGCAGCAGCCUCAGCUUCCUACACUGCCUCAGCUGCCGUGGUAUGUGCCCCACUUGAGUACUCAAGUGCUUGCCUAUCUAUUUGAUAAAAUUAUUCUUCCCCAUAGCUCACGUUCUGUUCCUUAACAUUCCAAAGUAAGACUUAUCAGCAACUGAAAAAUCUUGUAGCUAGUGCAGUCUUGGAGAUUGAAAGAGACUGGUUCAGGGGAGGCAGGGUAGCAAUUAGCAAUUUCUAUUUUUUUCUGCUAAUCUUUGCCUACCAGCCCUGACAAAUGGUCACAUGUAAGAUUAAAAGUAAGCAGUUUCUUUGCUAACCCUCUUCAGAGAAAAUUAGGAGUGCUACCCCAAUAAUGGAAGAUUACUCUCACUUGAGGAAGAAACUUAAAUGUUUGUGACAUGCAUAGGGUUCAAGGGAAUGUGAUCAAGUUUAGCACUAUCUCUACCUGCCAAAUUCCCGUUCUUAGUCAGAUUGUGUCACUUGCAAUCAGAAUAUGAGCCUGUUCUUCUGGACUGGUGUCCACUGCAGAACAGGACAGGGAGAGGAGCCCUGAGAGUGUGUUGGAACUAGAUAGCUGCUGGAGUUGUCUUCAGUCAUCCGGGCAAUUAUCUGUGCUCUAAUGAGCUUUCAGUAGCUUCAAAUAAUUCCAUCCCACUGAAGAGAAACGUGAACCUACUGGUACUGAGGGUACUUGCUGUUGCUAGUCAAAAAUCCACAAUCGUGUGCUAAAAACGCUUUGUGAAGAGGAUAAAGGUUGAAGUAACUCUCUACACUUGGUGCAUAUUUUAACUUUGACCUUUUUGAAUGGAAUGAGAUGAUAGAAGUAAUAGGAACUUAAUUUAAUAUUUUUGAGAUUGGAGAACACUAGACUUCUCUCUCUGCUGUGUUAUCCAUUAAUAUCUGUUUACAAUGUGCAGUAGCUGCUUCUUAAGCUCGUCCUAAGGGAAAAACUUUAGAGUGAAGAAAGCUGCCUUAUGUGCAGCUGCCCACUUGAAUAUGGAAUCUCAGGUCUCUUGAAGGAAAUAAAACUUGAAUGUAGGAGUGUUUGUGCUCAGGAGAGCAAAACCCUUUAUGCUUCUACCAAAGCUGCUUGUAAUGUGUUUAAGAAUGCAGGUGCCCAAGUGUUUAAAGAAUUUUUAAACAUA